UCAGGGAGGCAGUCGUUUAGCCAGCACUCAUGCCGUCAUGCUGCACACACGGGAAGCUGUCCUUGAGGAAUGUCUGACGGUUAUGGAAAAUACUAAGGUUCGGGACAGCAAAGUGAAAUAACCAGUACUUAUUCAAAGUUUAGUUUCUAAAAAGAUAUUUAAAACUUUUGUUUUUAGUUGACUGUUUGAGGACGGACCCGGAGUUAACGGAUUAAUCAAUGAAUUCUGCGAACAACCGAGGAAACGUUGGAGUAGGAUACAGAAAUGGAGGGGGGACGGUGAACGCUUUCGACCAGAAAGUGCAGUCUCAUCAACCAUCCCUAAAUGAAUCACUGAAUGGAGAGAUUCAGGCCUUCCUCACUGAUGAAGACCAACUCCACACUUAUGAUGACCUCACCAAAGUCAACCCAGUGACACCAACAACAGUACUGCAAUGCCUGCAGGCCAGGUACAGCGUGAAGAUGUUUUAUACCCAUGCUGGCUGCACUUUGGUGGCUCUUAACCCCUUCCAGCCGAUCCCAGACCUGUACACUCUGGAUGUGAUGAAGGAGUAUCACUCUGCUCCUCAGCCUCAGGAGUUCAAACCACAUAUCUUUAUCGUGGCGGAGGAAGCUUACAGGAACGUGAAGGGGCAGCUGGAGCCGGUCAAUCAGUCCUUGGUGGUCAGCGGGGAGAGCGGUGCAGGAAAGACAUGGACAUCUCGCUGCCUGAUGAAAUACUACGCCACAGUGGCGGCCUCCUCCUCAGUGGUGAAGAGUCAGGACACAGUGGAGAGGAUAGAGAGGAGGGUGUUGGACUCCAACCCCAUCAUGGAAGCUUUUGGGAAUGCCUGUACACUCCGCAACAACAACAGCAGCCGCUUUGGGAAGUACAUCCAGCUGCAGUUAGACAGGGGUCAGCUGUUAGUGGGGGCAUCUGUGCAGACAUACUUAUUAGAGAAGACCAGAGUGGCCUGCCAACCAACCAAUGAGAGGAACUUCCACAUCUUCUACCAGAUGAUGAAAGGGGCCACAGCUGAGCAGAGAAGGGAGUGGAAGAUGCACCAUGGACAACGCUUUGCAUGGCUGCCAAAUGCUGAAAAAACAGUUGAGGAGGAUUGUUUUCAUGAGACCGUGAGGGCGAUGGUUAAUCUUGGCAUCAAUGCAGAGCGGCAGAGACAAAUAUUCAGGAUAUUAUCAGGGAUUCUGCAGUUGGGGAACUUAAGUUUCUCUCCUGCAGGGGAUGAAUCUCAACCAUGUGACCUGGAAGAACAGACCAAAGACUUUUUACAGAGGGCUGCUGAGAUGCUGCGUGUCCCUGCUGAAGAGCUUCAGAUGUGUCUAAGAGUGAGGACGUUGAAGGCGGGGAAACAAAGCGUGCUCAAGCCGUGCUCUCAGGCAGAGUGCAGCAUGAGGAGAGACUGUCUGGCAAAAGUCAUCUAUGCACAGUUAUUUGAUUGGCUGGUUACAUUCAUCAACAACAGUAUUUGUGCCGAUGAAACGACAUGGUGCAACUUCAUAGGAGUUCUAGAUGUGUAUGGCUUUGAGUGUUUCUACACCAACAACCUGGAGCAGCUGUGCAUUAACUACGCAAAUGAGAAGCUGCAGCAGCACUUUGUGGCCCAUUAUCUCCGAGCUCAGCAGGAGGAAUAUGUGACAGAGGGGUUGCAGUGGUCGUUUGUCAAAUACCAAGACAACCAGAGCUGUUUGGAUCUAAUAGAAGGAAGCCCCAUCAGUGUGUUUUCUCUUCUGAAUGAGGAGAGCCGUCUUAAUCGCACCUCAGACCCUCAAACAUUGAGGUUUCGUUUGGAGAAGGAGCUUCGUGAUAACUCCAACAUCAGCUGGGAUAAGUUCAGUAAGGAGCCUCACUUCACCGUGGCUCAUUACGCUGGCAAAGUCAACUACCAGAUACAGGGCAUGGUGGAGAAAAACAAGGAUCCGGUGCCACCAGAGCUCAUCAAACUGCUUCAGAAAUCGGAAGACCUGCUGCUUCAACAGAUCUUCAGUGACAGGGAAACUGAGAGCCCGAAUUCAAAGGGGCUCAAUAGAGUCACCGUGGUCUCCAAGUUCAAGAAUUCUCUGGAGUGCCUGAUGAAGAUCCUCCACACCACAACUCCCCACUACACUCGCUGCAUCAAACCCAACCCUGACUGCAAGCCGCUCACCUUCAAAAAGGAGGAGGUCAUUACGCAGCUGGAGGCCUGUGGGAUCGUGGAGACUAUUCACAUCAGUGCUGCUGGAUUCCCAAUAAGAAUUCUUUACAAAAACUUCCUGGAACGUUACGGACUGAUUGCAAGACAUCUGAAUUUGAAGUCCCGGUUCCAUCUCAGUGGUGUGGAGGCUGACGGCAGUGGCAGUCUUCGUCAAGAGGUGGAGAAGCUCCUUUGUGCAGUGUUUCAACACAAGAUGUCUGAUUCCCCCCACAAGAUUGAAAGUGAAAAACAAAAUUCAUGGGUGCACUGUGGACGGACAAAAGUGUUUCUCACCCAGCUGAUGCUUGAUUUAUUGGAGGCUCAGAGGAAGAAGAUCAUGUCCCAUUGUGCCUUCUCCAUUCAGUGCUGCUGGCUGCGGUACCAGCGCCGCAAGAGACUUGCACGUCAACAGUCUACUAUUCUGAUCCAAGCAGCGAUACGGUCCUGGCUGGUUAGGAAACAGGUCAAGAGGUGGAACAGAGCCGCAGCUGUCAUCCAGAAGGCCUGGCUGAAGAGGAGGGCUCUGUUGAAGUCCUUGGCUGAUGCAGAGCUUGAUGAUGCAGAGGACCUUGCAGAAGAGGAGGAGCAAAUAUUGAACCCUGUUGUCAUGGAGAAAGGAUCUGUGCAGCUCUCCCAAACCACCAAACCUGUCACAGUGCGAGGAUGGCCCCUGGGUCUGGCUCUGGCCUCGGCCCCGUCCGUCACCGUGUCUCUGACAGCCAGAGGCUUCCAGAAGAUAAUGUAUGUGAUGGCCUGCCUCAACCUGGGCUCCAGAAGAGGGGAGUACAAGGUGGAGACCAACCAGUACACGCAGGAGCUGGCCUCCAUACGGGCUCAGCCUAGGGGAUCUAUAAAGCUACACUGUAAGAGAUCUCCACUCCUCUAUGCUGACAGGCAGCCCGACGUGAAGAGUUAUGUGACGGGGUUCAACGAGAUCCUGCUGGAAAAAUCUUUGUAAGAGGUCCUCCUCUGCAGAACACUACAUGCUGAUUCUAUGCACACAGAUGAGGGGCGAUCUGGCUCAGAGGUGCUUUUGCUGUCGAGUAGCUGCUGUCGUCUAUAACCAAACACAGAGGGAACAAACCUUGAAUUUUAAGCUAUCUCUGUUUAAAACAACUCAGAAAUGUAUAUCAUUUUGAUACACACUGGUCUUGCACCUUUGUAUAAUGACACACUAACCCAACAGGAGGUCAGGUAAGAUAAUGCAGUUUCUGUUAUCCGUUGCGGCCUACAUGCCAAAGAUACUCAGGAAAAUCCUAUCUAAUUAAAAAUGAGUCGGUAGACAUCCAGAUAUACUGACCUGCCAGAUCUGAGAUUAGGCAGAUUAGAUUUUGUCGACCAUUGGUAGGAUAUGUGCCAUGUCUACCAUUUGUAGAAAAAAACAAACAAGGUGUAUGUUGUGAUACCUUUGGUGGCAGUGUAGGACAAGACAAACACAUGGUUCUCUUUAAAAGGAGUCUUUGUCAAAAGAGUUUGAAUGACAUGGCACAAGUUUAGCUUUCAGGUUUAAAAUCUUCUCAUUUUUAACAAUCUGAAUCCUCCAAUUGUUCAUCCAAGUAUUGAGCCUUUAACACAGUGCCUUCAAAUCUACACUCAAAUCACAACUAGGCUGAUAGCUUAUGUAUUUAUGUCAGGGUGAUUAUUUAAAUGGGAUUUCAUAGAUGUAUUUUCUGUGUAAAAACAUGAUGAUUCAGACAGGAUUAUGAUUUUAUAUUACCCAAAGAUCACACCAGCAUAUUUUUGUGUACAUUUGUUGUGGGAGAAAAGUAAUUAAGCAAGUAUUGCACAUAUAAAGCACAUAUUGCACAUUAAAACCAAACACCUGCUCGCACACAGAGAUAAAGGACCUUUCUCUGACCGGACCCUCCUCAAUCACACUCCAUCAAAGAGCAGAGAAGGAUUCAUAAGAUUCUCACAGCAUUUAUAUUUAUGGAAUGUGUUCCAUGAUGAAGACAACAUAGAGAUGUCCAUACUUAGUGAGUCAACAUCAAUGAAGACUUGCCGUGGAAGGGUUUUCGAUCCACUCCUGCAGUUUUUAAUCGCAUGUAGUGACCUUCCAAGCAAGUGCGAUAGCUGUAGUCUGUCGUGAGUGGGUGGAGGGGCUGGUUUGAGAAAGGCUCAUUAAGUCUUCAAAAAUUAAGACACAUCACAUGUUAACCAGUUGAAACGAUGAACGCAGGUGUUAUGUAUUUGCUGCUUUGUUUCUUAAAAAGGAUCUGUGUAGUGUUACAUUUUUGACUGAACCACUAUGUGGGUUUAAGCUGCUGCAGUCCAAAACGUCAAUGCAAGUAUGUACCAAGUGUAACAAAGCAGUCUAAAUGUAAUGUGUCAGAACAAGCAUGGUAAUAUUAUAGAUUUUAUUAUUUAAAUAUUAAUCAUUUGCAAGAUA